GUGGGCUUGACUAUCCAUUUUCAAGAUGGCAGACCUUCUAGGAUCUAUUUUGAGCUCGAUGGAAAAACCUCCCACAAUCGGGGAAGAGGAAAAGAAGAAGGCUAAAAAACAACGAGAACAAUUGGAGAAACUUCAAGCUCAAGAAAAGGCGGCCAAAUCCAAGUUUAGGAAAAGGAUAGUAGAUGAGGUAAACAAGUUCAUCAAUGACAGCUCAUGCACCAGGCACAAGUUUGAGGCCAUGGACAAAAUGGCCAGAACUAUCGUCCAUGAUGUUGCAGAGGUUGCAGGUCUCACUUCCUUUUCCUUUGGAGAGGACGAGAAUGACAGAUAUGUCAUGCUCUUUAAAAAGGAAUUCGCCCCCUCGGAUGAAGAGCUGGAGGCCUACAGGAGGGGAGAGGACUGGGAUCCCAGCAAGGCUGAAGAGAUCAAGAGACAGAAAGAGGCACAAGUUGAAGAGGCCUCAUCUUCACAAGUCUCACACAAGGUCGUCCCCAUGUCAAACUACAAGGACAAGUACAAGCACCUGAUAGGAGACACCUCAGCCAAGGCUGCUGCUCAGAUAACUACUGCUAACAAGGCCUAUGGCUUUGUUCCAAGUGAGAACAAAAGAGAUCAACGCUCCAUUGAAGAGGUGCAGAAUCAGAUCAGAGCAAAGAAGAGGCAAAAAACUGAGGACCCAACUGCAGAGGCUGCACAGUCAUCUUCUAAUGUGGAGCAGUAAUACAUGAUACCGUGGCUCAAAUUCACCACAUUUUAUGAUAUAAAAUGUGUAUAAAAUUUCAGCAUGAAAGUUCAUCUGAGUUGGUAAAUUACAUUAUGAAAAACUUUA